AUGUCACCUCUGGAAUGUUCUGAGUGUUUUGGGGACCAACUUCUGCAUAGGACCUAUACUUGGCACCUCACAUUGCACUCGAGGCCAAAUUUCACAAGAAAAAGAGAUACCAGAUCCGAAAGCCUAGAAAUUCCAAUCAAUGUGGUUCUACCUCAGAGGGGCACCGCUGAGCCCUUCCUGCGGCUCCACAGCCUGUACAGCACCCCCCGCUGCGCGCGCCAGGGCCCCCUGCCCGGGCUGAGCCGCAGGGUCGCCAGCCAGCACUCGCACCCGCUGAACCGCUUCUCCUCCGGGCCCUUGGACCCCAUGGAGCGCCCCACCUCCCAGGCGGACCUCGAGCUGGACUACAACCCUCCCCGGGUGCAGCUCAGCGACGAGAUGUUUGUGUUCCAGGACGGGCGGUGGGUGAACGAGGACUGCCGCCUGCGGUCGCCUUACUUCUCUCCCUCCACCUCGUUCCACCACAAGCAGCACCACAAGAGGCUGGCCAAGGAGUACCCGCUGCAGGAGGAGAACAGGUCCCUGCGGGAGGAGAACAAGGCCCUGCGCGAGGAGAACCGGGCCCUGCGCGAGGAGAACAAGAUCCUGCAGGUCUUCUGGGAGGAGCACAAGGCGACGCAGGGCCGCGAGGAGAGCCAGCCCUCCUUGCCUCUGCUGCACCGCGACAACACGUCCCUGGAGGUGCUGAAGAAGGACAACGUGGCCCUGCAGGUGCAGCGCGCCCAGGAGAACCGCGCCCUGCAGCAGCUGCUGGAGCAGCGGCAGCCCUACUGGGCCCAGGCGGAGGACAAGGUGGCCCCCGUGGAGGAAAGCCAGCCGGGCCCCUCGGCCCAUGAGGAGCCGCACAGCCCUGGGCUGCUGCCCGACCAGGGCUCGGGCCUCUCCUUGCCCUUCGAGGAGCCCAAAGGGCCCCCGACCCCGCAGGACGAGUCCAAGACGCUGCGCGCCCUGCGGGAGAUGGUCGGCGACCUGACGGCGUCGGCUGCGGAGGACGAGGGCCAGGCAGGCCCGGGCCUGCCCCACGGCGCCACCCCGCUGCAGCUGCUGCGGGACAUGAGCCAGGCGCUGCAGGCCCUGCGCGAGGAGAACCGGCUGCUGCAGGAGGAGAACAGGGCGCUGCACGUGCUGCGGGAGGAGCACCGCGUCUUCCAGGACGAGAACAAGGCCGUGUGGGAGAACAACAAGCUGAAGCUGCAGCAGAAGCUGGUCAUCGACACGGUCACCGAGGUCACCGCCCGCAUGGAGAUGCUCAUCGAGGAGCUCUACGCCUUCAUGCCGGCCAAGAACAAGGACCCCAAGAAGCCCAGCAGAGUCUGA